UGCAACACAGCAACACACGAGAGGCGCUAUUAGUAAACAGAUUCCAUCCAAUUCCAUCUGAUUCCACCUAAAACGCCGGCACUCGGCACUUUCGGCAGGUUUUAUUGUUAAUUCUCAGGCUUCUGUCUGACGUUGCGGCACGUGUGCGACAGUGUCAUGUUGUCAUUUUAAUCGUUUAACGCCAAGUUUGGAAAAUGCCAAAACGUGCCUGUCCCUUCGAAAGCGACCUGUUGCCGCAGUUGAAAGUGCACGUGGGAGAGAAACAGAUGAAUAACGGCGUAUCCAGCGACCAGCGGAUGAGGGAUGUCUACGAUAGGACCCUGAGUUUGCUCAAGGCAGGCGCGAAGGCACUCGCCCAUAAGUUUAACACGUCCGCACAAAUGGAUUCUACAGAUCUACCUUCCACUCAACGUCCGUCACCUUGUAAAUUCAGAUCUACGUCCAAUCUGAAGCAGAUGCUGUUGACCGAUAAAUUGCAGCUGAAAACUAGCGACAAACUUGUCAAUGAUGUCCAGAUAGACCUUUGCGGAUGUGGCCGAUUGAUAGAUCGAUCUACAAUGAGCGCGUGUUACUAUUGCGAUCAGGCGCUGUGUCUCACCUGUCAGGCUGUGUGCGCCAAAUGCACAGAAUUGUUCUGUCAGAACUGCUCUGUACCUGUAUAUAACUGCGACGAGCAAAUUAUGUGUCUUAAUUGCUAUCGAUAGCUGUCAAAGAAGUAUUUUUAUGCAAAGGUUCCUUUUAUAGGAAAAUUGAUAUUUAUAAUUUUACUACUGUUCUACUGUUCUAUCGUGAUUUUAUGUACAUGUAAAUUAUAUAUCGUUGUUAUCGAGAAUAUUAAAAACCUGGAGAAUCUUAGUAAUCAUAAAUUAUCUUAUAUAAACAAUAUUAUGAUAUAGAA